UGAAUUUCUAUCGGCACUCUUUGGUGUAUGAAUAGCGGAUGCACUUGGAAGUAAUAAAGUCAUAUCAGCAAGCCACAAUAUAUGAUUUGCCCUCAGGAUGGAGAAGGGAACAUGACGAUACCGUGCUCGCAGUACCCUAGGCAGGCACACUUGGUUCGUAUUAACGCAGUAUGUGCAUCGAUGGCAGCGUUUUUUUCCGGACUGAUGACAGAAGUGGUCCGAGUAUACCCACAUUUGUUGCUUGUCUUCAAACCCUUGUUCUCUCAGCUAUUAACCUCGGCUGAAUUAGGGAGUUUGACAUAACCCAACCCUCCAUGGAUGUAAUCUCUUCCAUUGCAGUGAUUAGUAGCAGCGUCCGAUCCGAGGUAGAGGCAAGUGUCGUCAACGGCCCCUACCGCAGUUUUGCACUUAAAAGGCUUCCAUAUACCCGUGUGUGAUUAUCGUCACAACUCCUCAACUCAUCACCUUAAUCAUGUCUACUCAGAAGGCCGUCAUCGUGACCCAACCUAAGACCGCGGGCUUGGUCAGCUCCCGUGCCAUUCCUAAGCUCCGCGAUGAUUAUGUCCUCGUCAAGACCGUCAGCGUGGGUCUGAACCCCAGUGACUGGAAGCACAUCGACUUCCUCUCGCCCCCCGGGGUACUGUUAGGAGGUGAUUACUCUGGCGUUGUCGAAGCAGUUGGCAAAGACGUCAAACUACCCUGGAAGAAAGGGGACCGUAUCUGCGGUUCCACCCAUGGUGGUAAUGCCGUUCAGUCUGAGGAUGGCUCUUUUGCCGAGUAUAUUGUUGUCAAGGGUGAUGUGCAGCUUCGAAUCCCUGAACAUCUUAGCUUCCAGGAAGCUGCCACGCUUGGGGCUGGCAUUCAGACUGUCGGCACCCUAGCAAUCCAGUUCGCGAAGCUCUCUGGGUACCAGGUGUUCACCACAUGCUCGCCGCACAACUUCGACCUUGUCCGUUCCCUUGGCGCGGACGCUGUCUUUGAUUACAAUGACCCGGAUUCCGCCGCUCAGAUUCAGAAGCAGACGAACAACAGCCUGAAGCUAGUCUUGGACUGCAUCUCCCUUCCUCCGAGUGUCGCUUUCGCCGACAAGGCACUAUCAACCGAGGGCGGCGAGUACCUGUCACUCUUGCCCGCGAAUAUCGAACGGGCGAACGUCAACAGUCGCUUCAUUCUAGUCUACACCUCCCUUGGCGAGGCCUUCAGUUUCGGCGACAUGCCUUUCCCCGCUAAACCGGAGGAUUUCGAGCACGCCAAGAAGUUCACCCAGGUAGCUCAGGCUCUUUUAGAUCUGGGCAAGGUGAAAGUUCAUCCUCCCAAGGUUGGAAAAGAUGGUCUACGUGGUGUCCUGGAGGGAGUUGAGCUCCUCAGGACUAACAAAGUCAGUGGUGCGAAGCUGGUUUACAACGUUGCGGAGACUCCUUAGUCACACAGAUCUAC